GCCUUACACAGCGGCUAUGAUGGAAGCUCUACCGCACAUAUGUACAUCGGGCCACGAGAUUUGGAGAUCGCGUUGUCCUCUUAUUUGCUUUGACAUCGUCGAGCUACAUCUCCCGGAUCGUGUCAUGCGUCAAUUCGGUUUGGAGCAGGUAAUUCCGCAAGCCUGUGACACCCAACGUCAACUACAUGCGAUCGAUCGGAGGAUUGGGGACAAGAACUACCUCGUACAACAUAGAUCGCAUGUAGAUGCGUGGAACGACCGAGCAUCUACAUUGGUUGGAGGAGAUAACUUCACAGGUCAUAGCUCUGCUAUGUACAUGAGUUGGUACAGGCGCAUCUCCAUAUUACGCCUAACGAACACCGCAUUUGCGCAGCCAGGAUCACAUUACCAUCCGACAUCUACGUUACUGGCUGAGCGCAUCCGAUCGGUGUUGAUACAAUGUAAUGACACGAUUCAAGGGGCCGCUACAUCGCCAGUUAACGUGGGCUAUCGGCUAUGUUCUCAGACCUUAGGCUCCAUUAAUGCGUCGUUGACCGAUGCAUUGAGUCAAGCGGGUUAUGAGUACCUCAUACCGACUCCACCCGUCAUUGGCGACGUAGAUGACACAUUCCACACUCCUUCUCCAACGAGUUCAGCCCAUCGAGGUAGCUCUUCCGGAGGAUCCAGUUCUCGGUCCACAAGAGGCCGCCAGCGUUCAUCUACUCAGGGUCGGUCUUCCAGAUCGCCAUCGACAUCCGCUACUAUGUCGCCGUUUGUUCCCCCGUCUUCCAUCAACACUCCUCCGCCACAUCCAUCGCCUCCGCAAAGGAUUAUCACAUAUCAGCGUGCUAGUCAACAACGAGCUCCUACUCUUAAUGUCAUUGCGGAGGUUGACGAGUUCACACCAUCAUCAUCCAUCGGUGCGCAAAACAAAAGGGGCCGGGGGUUGUAGUUUAACAAACUUUGUAUAUUCUUAUAUGAUUUUAACUUCUUGUAUAUUCUUGUAUGAUUUUAACUUUGUAUGAUUUUCUAAGAAUAGCUUGAUGAAAAUCAAUAAAAAAGUAAAU